UUAUUUAUAAUUUUAGAAAAGACAGUAGACAGAUUCUGAGUAUUAAAUGUUAAAAGGGGUUGGUGAGCGCCCCAGUCUCAGUGGCGGCACCACUCUAAAAUCUUUCUCUUUUAGCCGUUGGGGUUUCCUUUCUCCUCCAAAUCUAAUUUUUAUAAUAGAAAGUUUUAACUUGCAGCUUCAUUUCAUUGACCUCGGUCUCUCUUUACCCACCUGUAUUCUUCACGUUUUCUUUCUUCCUUCUUAUGUUUCUCUGUUCCCCUUUGACGAAUAUUUUCAGUUUAUUUACGCUUUGAUCCUCUCCAAGCAAUGCUCUGAUCUGUUUCGUCCUUGCAAUGAACGACUCUCAGUCUUUCUCCUCCACUUCUGAUUCCGCUUCAAUCACCACCGUCGAUCAGACUGUUGGGAGAAGUCGAAGAAGUAUUGAUGCUAGUCAAACGAUCACAACUGAAUCAAGGCAUUGGCGCGAUGUUUUCUGGUUAGGAAUAUUUAUAAUGCAUCUGGUUGGUUUAGGGUUUGUUCUAGCGAUUCUUGGGAUUAAUAGAUUUAAGAAAUCAGAUAGGCUUAAUAUUGAUAGAUAUACCCAACGAAUAUUGGAGAAUAAACCAGGAUUGACAGAAACUUAUUGGCCGAUGUACGCGGUUGCUGGUGGCGUUGGGACUGUCCUUGGAUGGAUUUGGUUAUUAUCACUUGGUUCUCAUGCAAAUCAAAUGAUGAAGUUUUCGGUGCACAUUUUGACUACUUAUCUUGCUGUCAUCAGUGUCCUAUGUUUUUGGUGUGAUCAGGUUUUCUGGGGUGUUGCAUUUGCAAUUGCUGCUGCAAUACAGUUCUUGUAUGUUAUAUCGGUUAUAGACAGACUUCCAUUUACCAUGUUGGUGCUGCAAAAAGCAGUGAAGAUGGUUUGGGGUCUUCCUGAAGUAAUGAGAGUAGCAUAUGCAUUCAUGGGAGUAAUGCUUUUAUGGAUGGGAAUAUGGUCAUUUGGGGCUGCUGGUGUUGUGGCUUCAAGCAUGGGUGAUGGAGGACGCUGGUGGCUUCUUGUGGUUCUCUCUGUAAGCUUAUUUUGGACAGGUGCAGUCCUCUGUAAUACAGUGCAUGUGAUAGUGUCUGGGAUGGUUUUUCUUGUUCUUAUCCAUGAUGGUCGAGAAUCAGGAUCAAUGCCUCCUGACCCAUUGAUGAAAUCUCUCCGAUAUGCUGUAACAAGGUCAUUGGGUAGCAUUUGCUAUGGCUCACUCUUCACGGCUGCUAUUCGGACAUUAAGGUGGGGGAUCAGAGGAGGUCGCUCCAAGAUUGGCAACAACGAGUGUUUGCUUUGCUGUGUUGAUUUUCUGUUCCAUUUAGUGGAGACUCUUGUUCGAUUCUUCAACAAGUAUGCUUAUGUACAGAUUGCUGUGUAUGGUAAAGGCUUUAACCGGUCAGCAAGGGAUGCCUGGGAGUUAUUCCAAUCAACUGGAGUUGAAUCACUUGUUGCCUAUGAUUGUUCAGGUGCUGUUCUACUGAUGGGCACGCUUUUGGGUGGGCUUAUCACUGGAACUUGCUCAGGGAUAUGGGCAUAUACUAAAUCAAAAGAUAGAGUGAUUAUGGUGGGUUCAACUUCAAUGUUGAUGGGAAUGGCCUUGAUGGGACUGGCAAUGGUUGUAGUGGAAAGUGCAGUUACAUCCAUAUAUAUUUGUUAUGCAGAAGACCCCUUGCUGAUUUACAGAUGGGAUGCUGAAUUCUUUAACCAGAUGUCUGAAACAUUACACCAGCGUCUCCAAUAUAGGAGUGCAAGAGCCAGGGAAGUGUUGACCCACAAUCACCUCAGCGGCCAUGCCCAUACGCAAGUAACUCUCUCUGUUUAAUUUCUCGCCCAAAUGUCUACAAUUUGCAUAAUGUAACUCAUUGUACUUUUAAUUAUUCAUUGUUUUUUUUUUAAUGUUUUGUAAGGGUGUUUGUAAUUUUUUUUUUUUUAACGUAGAAGUAAAAAUUAUAGGAAACAAAUUUAUGGCCUAUUUCCCUAUGAUGAAGCUGUGUAUCCAAAACAAGUUAGGAUAAAUGCCUCUGUUAGAAGGUGUGCAGCUGUUCAAAAUUUCUGCCCAUGAUUAUUGUGGAUCUGGUAUUAUUGAUGGGCUUGUGGGCUGUAACGUCUAUCACUUUUGAAGUACCCAACUGUAUCAUUAUACAUUGAAAAAUUAAUUAAAUUAAUCAUUUUAGGGAGGUUUAUUAUA